AGAAACCUCGCCAUCAAGUUUCAGCUACAUAUGAACAAAACGUUGCCAUAAAGAGGUCAUGUCAUUAUUGUUUUCUCACUUUCUUUCCAUAUUUGAUAAUCCAAAUUUGUCUUAUGGAGUUAUGGUGUCAACCGCGUUUCUCUCUUUCUCUUUCAUUUUUUACUUGGAGAUCAACCCUCUUUGUAACCUAAAUUCUGACAUCAAUUGUUCAUAAUGCAAGGAAACUGAUCUCAUCAAUUGAAUUUAUUACCUUUUUACGUCUUGCUAAUUCAUGUUUUUGAUUGAAAUUGGUACUCUAAGAAGAACAACUUUUUCGAUAAUUUCAACACAAGUCUUCAUAUCUUUUUUCUGGUUAGAUAUCAUCUAACUGAAGAAAUAUACAACCUAAGUUUCAAAAAAGAACCACGCAAUAAGUUACCUCAUUAGCCAUAGACAUCUUUCACAAUAUUGGCUUAGACAUUUUUCCCAAGAGAGCUUCCUUGCACGAUCUUACAUGUAUGUUUCUCAACUCUCACCGCAACCACCACUUUCCUAGAUUUAUUGUUGUAUGGGGACUAACUUUGACGACUUUCUCAUUUUGGUAUACGCAAAUUCACUAUUGUUCUUUGUCUAUCUUCACUAUAUUGGUUAGUGUAGCUCUUCUAAAUAUAAGAUUCUAUACAGAAGUGUACUCCUAAGCGUAUCAAUACUUUAUUUUUAACAAUUCAUAUUUUUCUCAUUAUUUUCAAUAUGUAUAUGAAUUUCCGUCAACACAUUUUUUUCCAGAAAGCUAUCACUCUUUCUAUCUUUUUGCAAGCAUUCAUUUCCUUUGUUUCAUUCUCUAUUUCAUUAGCACAUCUACCAUUCACAAACUUAGCCAGACUCUUUCGAUUCUACUCUCACAAAAACAAUAAAAACUACUCUCAGUCUCAAAUGACAAACAAUCUAACAAACAGAAGUAAAAUAUAAUAGGUGGUGGUGCAGACAUGCAAGUAACAAAGUUGUUGAUUUCUAUGGGAUAUAUAUAGCAUCUCGGAAGGAGGAAAGUUAGAUCCAUUAGAUGUGGAUGUAAUGCCAAGUGAAUCACACACACACAAAAAAAAACGAUCGUAACAAUCGAUGAUGAGAGUAAAAAAAAUAUAUUACUUGUCAGUAUAAAAGCAUGGUUAUGACUUAUGAGCGACAAAAGCAAAGAUAACUGUAUUAAAUUAUGAGUAUGAGAGAAAAAAAAUAGAAGUCCGAAUGCUACAAGUGGCAAAAGCGAUGAAAAAAAUAUAAUAUGCGCCAUUAAAAGUAUUAGACUGUGGGCUUCCAACUCAAAACCAAUUGGCUAUGAGUGGAGAGACCCAUAUCUUAUAUAUACCACUUAAGAUCCUACUCAACUUCUAGUGUGAGAUAUUAUUAUCCCUAAUACGUCCGCUCGAGAUGAUGGCUCUUUUAGCCAUUGAUCUCGGUAUGUUCGGGCAUGGAUCGGCGGACCAAUUAUUUGGUUGGGGCUAUGUAGAUUGGGUUGAGCAUGUGCGGAUAGGGCUCUGAUACCAUAUUAGACUUUGGGCUUCGAACUCAAAACCAAUUGGCUAUGAGUAGAGAGGUCCAUAUCUUAUAUAUACUACUUAAGAUUCUACUCAACUUCCAAUGUGGGCUAUUGUUAUCCCUAAUAAAGAGUAGUAACCAACCCUAGCUGUUACCGACGAUUCAAAAUAUACAACUUAAAAAAUUAUGAUAGAAUAGGAUGCCUCCGGUUAUUAUUUAUAAUGAAAAGAUCUAGGGUUAAUCGAAUAUAGUUUUUGUUAAUAUUCUUUUUUUUGUUGGAAAAUAA